ACCUGGAGGCAAUGUUGUUUAUUGAUAUUAGGCAAUGGCGGAAGACAUUUUGGAGAAGCGUGUGGUGUGUGAUGGGCACUUUGGAACAGUAAAAUUUGUCGGAGAAAUUCAGUCUAAACUUGGAAAAUGGAUUGGCGUGGAAUGGGAUGAUCCAACAAGAGGAAAACACAACGGUUCAUACAAUGGAGUUAGAUACUUUCAAUCCAGUCAUGCAAGUGGAGGCUCGUUUGUUCGAGCAAAUAAAGUGAAUCUAGGAAGAACUGUUCGCGAGGCUGUCAUACGACGGUAUGGAAAACUGGACACUAAAGAGAAUGAGGAUGACACUGAUGAUGAUGAUGAUGAUGGUAUGCUGGAAGUAUGUGGUAAAGUGGUCGAAAUAGUUGCAAGCAGGAAAGUGAAAACAAAACAGAGUCAUUUUGACAAAUGUUUGGAAAUAACUCUACAUGGAAUGGAAAUAUCAAGUAGUGGUGCUGAUGAAGAGAUCAAGGCUCUUUUUCCAAAUCUUACAACUAUUGAUCUGUCAAACAACUUGUUGAGUGAUUGGCAGAAUAUAGCAGAUAUUGUUCAACAGUUGCCUUCACUAACGAGCCUGGAUUUGAGUGGAAAUCGUCUUAAGCCUUAUUUGAAUGCCGAUCAACUUCAUCACUGUUUUGGUAAUAUAUCACGUCUCUUCAUGAACAGGAUGUGUUUGUACAGUCAACAGAUUACUUUGAUUGCUAGCAUGAUGCCCAACCUCACUGAACUUCAUCUUUGUUAUAACAAUAUCACAGAACUAAACAGGGAAUGUAAUUUGCACAUGUUUCGCAAGCUACUUGUGUUGAAUCUAGAGGGCAAUGGCAUUCACCAAUGGGAAGACGUGCUCACCCUUCAGCAACUGCCAUGUCUUUCAACUCUUAUACUGAAUUCAAAUUCACUGAGAGAAGUUGUUUUAGAAUCAUCAGAUUGUGGAUUCUCUAAUCUUCAGGCUGUCUCUCUGACUCGAAAUCACAUUGAUUCUUGGCAAUCAAUCAAUGCUCUGAGUUUACUCUCGUCUCUAAGGAGUUUGAGAGUAAAACAGAAUCCACUUUUUGGAAGUAUGCAUUCUGUAAAAUCUAGGUUUCCAGUCUACCUUGUCUUUGUUGUAGGAGAACAACCAUUUGAGGCUCGACAACAGAUCAUUGCUCGGAUCCCUCAACUGACACAUUUAGAAGGCAGCAAGGUUAGUAAGAAGGAGAGGCAGCUUGCAGAACUAUACUAUUUGAAAAGAUACGCUAAUGACUGGGUGACUGCUGGAGCCAACAGAUUAGGUAGUACCCGUCAACAGACAGCCGAGUUUCAUCAACUCCACCCCAUCUAUGCUGCUUUAGUAAAAGAUCACGGAGAGCCUGAAAUAUCCCACCAACCAGGAAUUACCAGGUCACUAAAAGAUAACCUGCUAGAAAUUACCAUUUCAUUUCCUGAUGAUUCAACCAAAACGCCAAUAACAAAAAAACUACCAGCAUCUUUGACAAUCCAGAAACUAAAGGGACUGAUACAGAGACUAUGUCGAGUUGAUAUCUCACAGCAACGAUUGACAUACAAAGAGACUGAGAAUGGUCCCGAAUACACGAUGGACGACAACAUGAGAUCACUGGCUUUCUAUUCAGUAAAGUCAGGAAAUAUUGUUGUUGUGAGAUGUUGA